AAAUGAUGACGGUAUAAACCUGACAUGAGAUUUCCGGUAAGAGACCUGAAUUGCACUUUAGGUAGGCCUAUUGAUUGAUUUAACCUCUAUUAGGAUACCAUUUUGCAGCUAGCCUUCAUUCAAACUCAGAGGAUUCUUCCCCAUCACAGAAAAAGCUGUUGCCCCUUCACUCUGCCGCCUACUGAAGGGAAGGCUACAAACAGGUGCUGGCGGGGCUGUUUUUAACACAAACAAGGAAGAGAUAUCACGUGCACUAGUUACAGUAGAAAUCAUUCAAUAACUUGAUCGUUGGCUGUGUCCUGGAAGGCGACAUUUUCCGGCAUUCCAGCAGUGCCACAUGGUUUUCCUUCGGCACAUAUCCAUCGCCCUUACCGCCGCGGUGGCUGCCUUUGGAUCUGCCUUGUUUAUCGCCUUCAAUUAUUUCUAUAGACGGCGAAUAUGGUCUCCGGAAGCGGAAUAUUGCAUGAUCAAAGAGGAGCAGGAAGAGCGUGGAAAGCGCCAGGUGCUAGUCCUUGGCCUAGACGGAGCUGGAAAAAGCAGUAUGCUGCAGGGGCUGACAGCUGGAGACGCAGGCAAGAGAGGACACUGCCAUCCUACCAGGGGCUUCAACUUCAUGAGCCUCAGUGCUCCUACCUGUCAGCUGGAUUUCCUUGAGAUUGGAGGGGGGGAGGAUCUGCGUACAUACUGGACGGAGUACUUGAGGAAGACACACGUCCUGGUAUAUGUGGUUGACUCCUCCGACCGGAAACGUCUACCGCAGGCAAAGGAUGAGCUGCAUCGCCUUCUCAGACUGGACUCACAAAUUCCUGUGGUGGUCCUGGGGAACAAACAGGAUAAACCCAACGCUGUCAGUGUUUCAGAGCUCCAUAAGGCCUUAUCUUUGGGUGCAGUGGCUGACAAGAAGCGGUUGUUCCUGCUGGGUGCCCAGUUUGGCUCAGAUGGCCUGGUUGGCUCCUGCAAUCUGCAGGCCUUCCAGGACCUGCUCCUACAGCUCAUCUAAUGCUCCUGACUGGAGAAGUUGAAUGGUGGUUGACCAUGCUUGUUGGAUGGGUAGUGAGAGCCAUGGGUGAGUCUAUGAGUUGGAACAGUGGGAAAUAGCCAUGGCUGUGAUUUGUCAGGGCCUUCUGGGAGGUAAGAACCAAAACGGUCUUUACCAACUCACAGAUCAGUGAAAUUGUAACAGGGUUCAAUAUAGAUCAUGCAUUAAGCUACCAAGCCUGAAGCUUGUUACCUUUGUAUUGUAGCAAAACUAGAAAUGCAAUACAGCUUCAGUGCUGCUUAUCUUUAUGAGUCAUUUGUCAGCUAGGUUCAAUGCAGUCACUAAUGAGUAUCACCAAUCAGGCAUCUUAAAAGGAGGUAUUUGAUUGGAAGUGUUCAUUUUUAUUCAAGUGUCUGCCAUGAAUAAUAUGUAGAGUCCAUUCUGUUUGAAAUGUAUAAAUAUGUGCAUGUUUUUACUUUUAGGAGACAGCUUUUAUUCAAAACAUACCUUUCUCUUAUCAACUUUACAACUAAUAAUUCCCCAAAUAUAUGAAUUUUAAAUGACAUGUUAAACUGCAUCAUUUUGUUUUACUGUUGAACUGAUGACUACCUACAUUUUAUAGACUUAAGGACACAGCUGCAAGGUAAAUUGUCAUUUUUUCCCUACCUUCUCAGACCAAACAUAUCUAUUCAAAACCACCAAGGGGAGACAAAUGUAUAGGUACAUAAUCUUGUUUUUAUUGUUUUGUCAAGGACAAAGUUUCAGUCAAAAAGAAGCAAUUUGACAUUGCAUUCACUGUCUGGCAUGUGCAAUUACUACCUUGUUUUUUUUUUACCUGCCCUGGGUGAAGCAUUUUAGUUUUUUACAUUAUUAUCAAUUAAGCAUCAAGUUGCUCUCUAAAAUAAGAUUCUAAACUGUAAUUAAGGAGAACAGCACAAGAAAACAAAACUAUGUCCAGUCAGCUGAUGUGUUGUUUUCACUACAAACUACAGUUGAAAUUGUUUCACUUUUCAAAUAGUCAUGACAUUUCUAUGGACAUUUGGGUUGUCAAAUCCUCAUGUGCUACGAUUGUCAAAUUCUGAAUUUCCUUUGAAAAUAAAAAACAAUGAGACGAAAAUGUCAAAACUACACAAUGAUGCAAAAUGUGUUAAUGGUAACAUUCUGUCCACUACAUAUGGAACUCUCAAUACAGGACUAUUUUGUGUUCUGUGAAAAUGUAAGCACAACAUGGAAGGUAUGGUCCACAACAAUAGACAAGUAUGUUAAUAGCUAUGGUAUAAAGAAUGCACUUGAGACAAUCAGAAACAAGUACUUAACAAUAAGCUUGUUUUACUCAAUUAAGAAUAUUAAAUGUCAGGUUAUAUUCUUGUAUGUAAAAAUAUGGCUCAUGGAGGAGUUUAAGUUAGACCAAGAUUGGUUUCCAUUGGUAAUAAGGUCUUAUAUCACCCCAUACAUUAAAAUGCAUACAAUUCAUUGAAUAAAUAAUAUCCCCCAUCCCCACUCCUCAGUUUCCAGAGAAUCAUCUAGAGCAGUGGUUCCCCACUUGGUGCUGGAUAUUUUCAGAGUGGGUACUCAAUAAUGAGACCAUAGAUAUACUGGUAGAAUACACAUGAAGGGGUACUUAAAGUACAGCAAAUAUCAGUUGGUGGUCCAUUAACUUAACAGGUUUGGAAUCGCUGCUCUAUAUUGUGUAAUAGAUUUUGUGUGACUAAUACUUGAAACAA